UUUUCAAAAAGUAUAAAUUUGUUUUCUCAGUGUGCGAAAAGAUAUGUCCAACCUCCUCGGGUUAAAACCUUCGCCCCGAACACAACCUACUGUCCUCCUGAAACUGCAAUAGAUUCAAGAACAACCUAUCAUACCUCAUAUUACGGAGAAAAUGAUACACGCAACGCUCGACCAAAACCAAUUUUGCCAGUUCACAGUCUCCAUUUGCACAAUGACAAAUUUCACGAUAAUACAACGAAUAAAUUAAGUUUUAAGCCAGUAUCGGGAGUUCAUAAAGCCAAACCAUUCUUUCCUCGUCACAGGAUAAAUCCUGCGCAAGCACCGAUGGCGAGUGUCACGACUAUAUCGCACGAUUACAUGCCGAAAUAUGCUCCAAAAUCCGAGGCGAUUAUGCCCUGUGGACACAUUCGAACGAGCACCGGCAAAUUCGAGACCAAAACAACGACUUGCCUGAGUUACGUGAAUCCUGGGCCCGUGGAGCCCGUCAUGAGCUACAAGCCGCAAAUAAAAUACUACCAACCGCAGAUAUCCUCGGCUCAGGAGACAACUCAAAAAUUGAGCUUCUUACCUUACCAGCUGGCUAAAAAGGAAAAUUACUCCUGGGCCUUGAAGCCUACAUACAAGCCUCCCGAAGUGUCGAUGGGCGGGGAAACGACCUACUCGAAAAGCUACCUCCAGCAAAAGUCGGAAAAAGAGAAGCCCAUACUUCCGAAAGACACGGACGUGCUGCCGAAGGGCGAUCAGUUUAUAAAAAAUAGCAUUUACAAAGAAAGCUUCCUGCCCUGCCAAGUUAAUAUGGUGUCGCCGAUCAUUCCCUCGUCGAACAUCAAGCUGUCGAGUAAAAAAAUGACGGGCGACACGACGAACAAGCUGAGCUUUCAACCGAUGAAGGGCGAGAAGCGAAAGCCCAUCGUACCCCGGUCGCGCAAGAUAUUGGGCGACGCGACAUUCAUGCAAAACAUAACGACCAAUCAGUUGUCGUUCACGCCAAAGAUCGAAAAACGGCGCGAAAUGAUCAUGCCGUGCGGGCACAUUCGUACAUCCGACAAGCCCCUGGAGAAUAAGACGACGACGAUUUUAUCUUACGUUAAUCCAGGACCGACGUCGCAGGCGCAAAAUUACAAGCCCAUACUGAAAUAUUGCAAGCCCGAAGAAAAGAUCGAGACAAGCACCGUGAAUAUGUUGUCGUAUCCGGAAUGGUCUCUCGGGCCGAAGGAGGUCUACCCCUGGGCUCGCAAGCUCAAGUACCAGCCGGCGAAUAUGAAACUUGCGACCGACAGCGUCUACCGCACGAGCUUCUUACCCCCGGGUUAUUUCGUGGAGGAGUACGCGCCCGACACCAAAGCCUGCGACAGCUGCUGAAAAUGCCGAAAGUCUGAGAAAAAAACAAAUAAUACAACGACA